UAUUCACAGAGCACCCAGAUUUUGCAGAAGAUUUCAAACCAAAGAACCAAGUGGUGAAGAAGGAAUACAUGAAUGUCCUUCUCAACCUCGUUGAGACACUUAACAAGCCUUCACAGAAUCACUCAGAGACUGAUCUAAGCAAUGCUCACAGCAAUUUGAGUGAGCUGAUGGAACAAGGCUUCAAGCUGGAAUGGUUGAAAUCAAAGCUUGAUGAGGUUUCCUUGAUGAGGAAGAAAGCAGAUGCUGAUGUCCAACAACUCGAUGAACGUGUUAAAAAACUUGAGCUGAUGAACUUGGAUUUGAAAACAAAGCUUGAGGAGGUUUCCUUGGAGAGGAAGAAAUCAAAUGAUGCUGAUAGGUCUCGGGUCCAACAACUCGAGGAAUGCUUCAAGAACCUUGAGAUGGUGGUGUUGGAUCUCAAAGUUAAACUUGGCAAGGAGGAGGCCAAAUCUUCUGCUGAUGGUUUUUUGCUGGUCGACGAGGUUGAUUGACGUAGAGAUUCUAAUAGUCUAGU